UGAUUUCUGAGAAUUGUUAAAAACGGAGUUAUCUGUUUUUGCAAAUGAACUCUUCACAGAAAUUGAACUGUAGUGGACAGGUAUAUUUUCUGUCACAGAACAAAAUGUACAAGAAAAAUAUUGUUAAAAUCUGGAUGAAACUAUUUCUGACAUCUUAUUUAACUGAAAAAUAUUUUUUGUACCUGUCUGGUUGUCUGAGAAUAAAAUUAUUUAACACUUAUUGCCGAGGUACAUGGUGCAUCCCCUUUUCCUGCCGCCAUUUUGAAUAUAUUAUGCAAUAUCUCAAAAAAAUAAAAAAUAAAAAAAUAGAUAAAAAGACAACAAUUAAAUGGAAUCGUAGACAACACUUUGGGGGUUCGCCAGUUGGUGUUUGGGACAUGAUGCUACAUCUUAAAUGGUUCAAAAUGGCUUCCAAAUAGCUGUAGUGUCCACUAUGCAUCAGAGGGUUAAUAUUUGUGCAGUUCUGAGACGCGGGUUUGCGCGCUUCUGAUGAGUGCAAGCACACAUCUUCUCACUGCGCGCGCCAGCUCUCAUUCUCAGGCUCUUGGUAACAGCAAGGUACCAAUGAACAUCACGGCUGUUUUGGGCCACAGCGUUACAUUCAGAUGUCCUUCUACCCACAGAGAUCUUGUUGAAGGCUUGUACAUACAGAAAGUUAUAAAUGAUAAAGAUGACUUGUUCAUCAACGGGUUUUAUAAAAGCCGCGACAUGCCAGUUAAACCUGCCUACCUGAGAAGAACCAAAGUGAACAAAAUGGAGCUCAGCAUGGAAAUGAGAAACAUCUCAGUCUCUGAUGAAGGAUUGUACAAUUGUGUUGCUUUCGACAACAAAUGGGAAAAGACUGAUAUCUCAGAUAUUCUCCUCAAAGUCACAGCUGAGUACAGCGUUCCCACAAUCACGACAGACUGCAGUGAACGUAAACGUGGCUAUGGCAGCGCAGUACAGAGCUGUCAGUUAAGCUGCUCGGCGGUGGGCGGAUACCCACAGAGCACCGUCAGAUGGGUGGAGCUUAAUCCAAGCCUGACAAGCAUCGUUUACAACUGGAGUUCAGCAGAUAACGAGUCCAAAACUUGGACCAUCAACCAAACCAUCAUGUACAACUGCGACCAACCAACCAAUGUCAGCUGUGCCAUAGGGGGCACUGUUUCAGACACCAUCACUAUAUGUGAAACAGAAUCUUUCCCACUUGUGGUGAUCACAGCUAUCAUCAUCGUGCUCGUGUUUGUCCUGUUACUUAUUUUUGUCGUGGUGAUAAAGUGCUGCUGUAGAAGACCACCAACAUCAGAAGAUCAAGCUGGGAGAGUUGACAUUCUUUUAGACGACUGCCAUUCACAGCUUCAGCGCGUCUGAGACGUAACGACGAAACUCUGAGGAGAUGCGACGAGAUUUUCACCGUUCUGACAAGCGGCAGUGCUUCAGCACCCAGAGCUCUCACUACAGACGGACAAAUAGGGCAGAUUGUCCAGCUGAACGCUGUGUCUUUAAAGCGGCUUCACUUCUGUAUAGAAGCAGGCCCUGACAGAUGCUUUUACAGAGCGAUGCUGGACUGUCCUGGCACAUUUGAACAAGCUUUUGAGAACGUUCCCUUCCUUUCCCUUGUCAUUCAUUUGGAAGAGCAUCUUUUCUUUGGCAUCCUGAAGAUACAGUGGGCAAAUUCACAAAGACAUUUCAGGUUUACGUUGCUGGAAGAGGGAUUUGUAAUGGUGCUUAUGACAAGAUUCAGAGUUUUAUGGCUAGAAUUGCUCUAUAUAUACUUCACAAUCCCAUAUAGUGUUUCAAAUUGUUUGUCUUUAUUCCAAGGAGUGGGAAUUUUAAAGUUCAGAACUUUUUUAAAGACUGAACUGAAGUAAAUAUUCUGAUUUGGGCCAGUUGUAUGGUUGACAAAAUAACCGAGACAGUCUUGAUGACUGUUGUCUAUGUUCAUUUAAGAAUAUGAUGUUGAAAUGGUCUUACGCUGGCACAUUUCAUUUGCUUCUAGAAGCUGAUAUAUUUGAAGCUUUAUUUUUUAAAGCCAGUUCUCAGACGAGCUAAAGAAACAUAAUACCUAAAAAUCAAACACUGUUACAUGAUUUUGCUGGUCAUUCCCCAAAAUGCAAUGUUUACCAUCGCAUUACUGUAUGCCAAUAUGUCCACUUCUGUUUGUUCAUGUGUACAGACUAGUACUGACUUCUUUACUUUUCUACAGCACCGCACUGACAUUUACUGACAUGCUGAUUUUUUUUUUUUUUACUGUAAAAUUGUUCUCAAGGUAACUGUUAACAGGAUAUUUAAUUUUCAAUUAAAAUUAAUCUGUUUCCGUGUGGAAAUGUCUUAUGCACUUUGCUUUCUGACUGCUUGAGAGGUCUGUAAUUUAUGAUUAAAUUAUUCUGUGUGUUUCUCAAAAAAAGAUGAAAUAAAAUAAAAAAUAAAAAAUACUAAAAAAUC